AUAAAAAUCCUGGUCCUGGUCCUGACUCAGCCUCUUUCUCCUGACAGGAAGCUGGCAGCAGCUCAUGAUGCUCUCCAGGACGUCCUUCAGGACGAGAUUCCUUCCGAGCCUCUUGGUCCCCCGGUGGAUCAGCUGCAGCUCUGCCAGGACCGGGCCACCAUGUACCUCAAAUACCUGCAGAUCUUCCGCCAUCUGGAGGAGGUCUACGAGGAGCUCCUGCAGCCUCAGAGGAGGCGAGCCGUUCGGAUGGUUCUGGACCGGCUGAUUGGUCGACUCCUGGAGCUCAAGAGUCAGAUGGUGGAGCUGGAGCUCUCCGAGUUUCACUAUUUUGAUGACCAGCUGCUGGACCUGAAGAUGACCCCGAAGGAUCUGGAGAUCCCCAUCCCUCGAUACUUCCUGAGAGAAAAGAUUCAGAUGCAGACGAAGUUUGCCAAGAUCCUGGAAACGCAACAGAACAACCAGACGGUGAGUUCAGUCCAGUCGAUGAGUCUGGAGGAGGCGGUUCGUCUCCUGCAGGUGUCUGAGCGCGCUCGGCAGGGACGAAUCAGAGCUCAGUACAUGAAGGAGCUCGUCCAAUCAGAGAGAGGCGUCUACAGACACAACUGGAAACCGACAAACCUGAGCCCAGACCAGGCUGCGAUCCGGAUACAGAAGGUUUGGAGAGGUCACUGUCAGAGGAACCACACCAAGAGACAGAGAACCGAGGAGAUGAUUUUUCUGGGAAUGAUCCCACUGGGGCCACCUGAUCCAAGUUCAGCACAGCUCCAGGCCCGACAGGUGUCGGCGGGCCACAGGCUGAUCCAGGAUCAGAACGAGGAGGAGUACCGGAGAGAUCAGCUCAGAGUGAAGCAGUCGGUUCUAGAUGUGGAGGGAACCGACAUCAAAGAAAGCCAGCAGGAACAGAUCCGACAGUGGUUCAUCAGCUGCAGAGAUGCUACAGGGAAGUUUCCGGAGUUUCCUGACACUGAAGACGGAGGAUCAGCUUCUCUGUUCUCUCAGAAAACCCCUGAACAGAUUUCAGCUGAGCUCACAGCGAAAGAGGAAGAGCGUGAGGAGAAGAAGAAAAGAAACAAAGAACAAAAAGGAAAAGGAAAAGAGGAAAAGAAGAAGAAAGAGAAGACGGGGAAAAAGAAGAAUAAGAUGAAAGAUGAGACGAAGGAAGACAAAUGUUGGAUGAACCCUCGUAGCUGUUUCCUACCCGACAUUGUUCAAGGAGGCAAAAUCUUUUCAGACAAGUGGCGGUUCUGUAACAGUCAGCAGAGUUUGGACGUGCAGCUGCUCAGAGAGGAGAAAAGACAGGAAGUGGAACAGGAAGUCAGACAUCAGGUGGACGAGCUGAUGAGGGCAGAGCUGAAAAACCUCAAACUGGUUGUGGAGAAAACAAAGAAAAAUAAGAAGACCAUGAGAGGAAACAGAAAGAAGAAGAAGAAAACAAAGAAGAAGAAGAGAGAGAAGGAUUUGACAGCCGACAGGUCUUUAGAGUCUUUGUGUGAGGAGUUGAUUUUCGAGGGUCUCCUCAUCAAACCAAUGAACUUCAAGCUCUCUGACUUCAUCGGUGAAUACAGUUACCUGGCCUCCACUCUCCGACAGGUGAACAUGGAACCAAUGCCGUCUCUGUCCGACGUCAGGCAGCUCAUCACUUUGUACACCGUCCUGCCUCUGGGAUCUCAGGCGGUCCUUGAGAAGUUCCCCGUGGCGAAGACUCUGCUGCUGGCUGGUCCGUCUGGAGUCGGUAAGAAGAUGUUGAUUCACGCCAUCUGCAGCGAGACUGGAGCUCACCUGUUCCACCUGAGCCCCGCCCACCUCAGCAGGUACCCUGGCAGAGGAGGAGCCGCCUACCUUCUGCACCUGGUCUUCAAGGUGGCCGCUGAGCUGCAGCCGUCUGUCAUCUGGAUCCAAGAUGCAGAGAAAACGUUCCACAAGAGAACUCAGAAAAGCGACAGAGAGUCAGAUCCUCGGAGGUUGAAGAAAGACCUGCUGAAGUCUCUUAAGACUCUGAAACUGGAGGAUCGAGUUCUGGUGAUUGGGACGACUCGACGACCGUUUGAUGCCGACAUCAAACCGUUCUGCAAAGUCUACAAGAAGAUCAUCCUGAUCCCGAGACCGGACUACUCAUCCAGACUGGUCCUAUGGAGGGAGCUGCUGCGUGCUGAGGGGGCGGAGCCUGGGCCUCGUCUGGACCUCAGCUCGUUGGCGAAGAUCAGCGACGGCUUCACCCAGGGUCACAUCCUGCAGGCGGUCCGCUCUGUGCUCCACCCCCACAGGCUGAGGAAGCUCCGCCUCCAGCCGCUGACCGCUGCAGAGUUCAUCCAAUCACUGUCGAGGAUGGAUCCGGUGUACAGAGAGGAGGAGGAGGCCUUCAAGGUUUGGUUCAGGAAGACGCCGCUGGGCCGAAGGAAGGCACGAGCUACCAAAACCAAUGAAGAAGAAGGUGGAGGGAAAGCGAGGAAGACGAAGAGCAAAGUGGACAAAAACAAGACAGUUCGGAAGAAGAAGAAGAAGAAGAAGAAGUGAAGAUUAACCAUUAUGAUUUCACAGAAUUUUAAUUCAUGGUUGAAUUUGAAUUGUUGUUUUUUUCUUUUUCACACACCAAACAUUUUAGGUACAGUGCAACAACUGUUUCAUGAAAAACUAGCUUCCUUUAUGGUUUUAAUGCUUCUUUAAGGUGUUCUAUAUUUUUUUAUUCAUUUUUACAGCAAAUGAUAAACCAGUGUUUUUUGCUGUUGAUUUUUCUCUAGUUUUUAGGUAUUUAUUUUUUUAAAUCAACGUUUUGU